AGCUAUUUCUCUUCAAGAAUAUACGGCAAAAUGGUAUCUCAGAAUUGUCAAAUCCUGGGCCUCGUUCUGGCACUGAUUGGAUUUGUGGGCACCAUCAUCAUCUGUGGUUUACCGGCCUGGAAGAUGACGGCUUUCAUCGGAGCCAACAUCGUGACGUUCCAGUAUUACUGGGAAGGCUUAUGGAUGGAUUGCGUGAUUCAAACCACAGGCCAGAUGCAGUGCAAGGUCUACGACUCCAUGCUCAUUCUUCCUAUCCAUCUGCAGGCAGCUCGAGCCUUGAUCAUCGUCGCCCUUGUUUUUGGAAUCAUUGGAAUUAUUGCAACCAUCAUGGGUGGAAAAUGCACCAAUUUUGUACAGGAUGAGAAUGCAAAGGCUAGGAUUGCCAUCGCUAGUGGGAUCGUCUUCAUCAUCACAGGGAUUCUCGUUCUCAUUCCAGUGUGCUGGACCACAAAUGCUGUUAUCAGGGAAUUUUACAACCCUACCAUUCCAGAUGGCCAAAAGAAGGAACUGGGACCUUGCCUUUAUAUCGGGAUAUACGGCAAAAUGGUAUCCCAGAAAUGUCAAAUCCUGGGCCUCAUUCUGGCACUGAUUGGAUUUGUGGGCACCAUCGUCAUCUGCGGUUUACCGGCUUGGAAGAUGACGGCUUUCAUUGGAGCCAACAUCGUGACAUUCCAGUAUUACUGGGAAGGAUUAUGGAUGGAUUGUGUGGUUCAAAUGACAGGCCAGAUGCAGUGCAAGGUCUACGACUCCAUGCUCAUUCUUCCUAUCCAUCUGCAGGCAGCUCGAGCCUUGAUCAUCGUCGCCCUUGUUUUUGGAAUCAUUGGAAUUAUCGUAACCGUCAUGGGUGGCAAAUGCACCAAUUUUGUACAGGACGAGAAUGCAAAGGCUAGGAUCGCCAUCGCUAGUGGGAUCGUCUUCAUCAUCACAGGGAUUCUCGUUCUCAUUCCAGUGUGCUGGACCACAAACGCUGUUAUCAGGGAAUUUUACAACCCUACCAUUCCAGAUGGCCAAAAGAAAGAACUGGGACCUUGCCUUUAUAUCGGGUUUGGAAGUGCUGCACUGCUCAUUGCAGGAGGAGCUCUCCUCUGUAGCUCAUGUCCACCAAACGAUGAGCCUUCCUAUCAUGUGAAAUACUCUCCUGCCAAGUCUACAAUGAGCAGCAACAAGGUUUAUGUGUAAGACGGACACGCAUUUGGUCUUUGGGUUACUUUAAAGGACUGGUAAAAUGAUCGGGAAACUAAAUCAAAGAACUUCUUAGCACUAUCCUUUGCGUAUUAGCCCAAAGUCUAUUGGUCUAUCAGUGGUAUGUAAAGUGCUCCCAGAAAUGUGUUGAUGUGGAGAAAUUUCACUCAUAUACAAAACAUCAUGCAACAAGAAUUUUACACAAAAUCAAGACUUGUAAAUUGUAAUCAUUUUCUGUCAGCUCUUUUGUAGAAUCUCGCAAUCAUUCGAUUUAAAGAAAAUUAUUAUGAAAGCAGCACAUGCUAGAAUAAUAUUUAUAAUUCAGUAAUAAUAUUUAAUUUUAAUAUAUUAGGAUUUGUUUAUUUGUUAAUGAUGUUACUUUGCAUUCUCUGGUAUCAGAUUCAAGAAAUCUCAUUUUGCUAAAAUCAGAAAUUAUGGGUUUGAAGCGAACUUGUCAGAUUUCUGUGUUCAGGAAUCAAUCAAUCUUCUGUAUUUUACACACCUUCGAAAAUAUUAAGGCUGUUUUUGUCAGGGGGAAUCAAUA